CUUGACAAGCCUCCAACUCCCUGAAUCUUGACACCAUGUGCUGCUACGGAGGAUACUAUGGAGGCCUGGGCUAUGGCUAUGGCUCUGGUUAUGGCUGUGGAUGUGGCAGCUUCCGUGGCCUAGGCUAUGGCUGUGGUGGCUGUGGCUGUGGAGGCUAUGGCUAUGGUAGCUAUGGCUAUGGUGGCUAUGGAGGUCUGGGCUAUGGUGGCUAUGGCUGCUGCCGCCCAUCUUGCUGUGGAAGAUAUUCUUCCUAUGGUUUCUAUUGAAAAACCACUUGCUCCUGGCCUUUGAUGGAAUCCUUGUUCCUCUCUACUCUGGGCUAAUUCCACAGCAUUUUAAGGACACCCCAUUCUAUCUGCUCCUGUGGCUUGGAGGCAUGGGGGAACACCCUUGUAAUCCUGUGAAGCCCUCGGGGCCACGAAGUGCCAGACACUGAGAAGCAACAGGGCCAUUAUUCAAGGAAAUUAUGCACUCAUUUUUCAUGAGAAAGACUCUUUCAACAUCAGUUCACUUGCAGUAUGUUUGCUCACAUUGUGUACACCAUGGUUGAGAUAUCUGUUCUGAUGUUUUAAUAAACUUAUUUUUCUG